AUGCCCGUCAUCCCGUCGCACGACCCGGUUCCGGGCUCGUACAGCGUCAAGUGGGCCUCUGUGAACCACAAGGACGAGCCCAACGUCCUCACGAUCACGCCGGGCUUUGGCGACGGCAGCGAGGAGCGGUGGCCGCCGCAAGGGCCUGACAUGUCGCUCCUCGGGCCAGAGCACGAGAAGCAGCAACAGUGGAGACGCACUGCGGCAGAAGUGAUUGCGAAGGACCUCGGACUGCUCAAGCGAUCUCCAGCGACGGCGCAGCACUGGAUCCUCUCAGAGCUGCCGACCGGCUACGGGCUCUUCCAGCAGGUCACGCAGCCUAAAGAGUCGGCUCCGCGCAUGACCGGCAAGGACAAGAUCCGCCACGACCGCUUCAUCUUCGGCCACAACAGCAAGAAGAUCCGCUCCGCCAUUUCCCUCGGCAAGCACAUCAGCAACCAGAUCUUUGGCGCCAAAAGCCUCUGCCACUGCGACGGCUGCAAGGUCACGCAGCCUAAGGCCUCAGCUUCGUCAAUGGCCGACAUCGGCGCACCGAUCAAGAUGCAGCCUCGCAAGCGCAAGAGGACGGGGGAGUAUGCGAACCUUGCGGGCGUCAAUACGAGCACGCCGCCUUCGUUGUGGGGACUCGGAACAGCUGAAGGAAGUGAAGCGGGAGGCGAUUUCGACGACGCUACGUCUGUCGGGACGACUGAGACGGCCGACUACACCUUUACCGGCGGAGACAGCGCGCCGCCUUCGCCCCGCAAGCGGACUGUUUCUGGCGGCGGCAGCAGAGGGCGAGGGCGGGCGUCCGUACCAGGCUCGGAGAACGGAUCGACGAGGGGAAGGGGGAGAGGGCGAGGCAGGGCGAAGCGGGCGGACGACGACGACGACUACGGAGACGACGACGAUGGCUCGGACUACAGCGAAGAAGUCGGCUCAGUCGGUCCGACUGCACCUCGCUCGACAUCCGCACGCCAGCGGCGCCCGACUUCGAAGGUCCUCUCGCAGAUCGAGUCGAACAUCCCGACCGCGCCAGGCGAGCCCGCAGCGGACGACUACGAAGCCCUGAUGACUCCGGCUGGCAAGGACGUCUACCGCGCGAUGGGCGUGCCGACGCCCGAGGAGGUGAAGGAGGACCUGGCGGAUCCGCAGGCGUCGCGCGUCGGCGAGCUCGUCUGGGUACGAGUCCCGCUCGGUCCGCCUCCGACGGGCGAGCUCGCGCAUGCGCAGCUCUCGCGGUGGCCUGGGAUCGUUCGUGGACGUGCGCCUGCGCCGGAGAACCCGCGCGAGAAGGUCUACCGCGUCGAGCUGCUCGGCAUGUCGAGCGAAGACACGCUCGAAGGCGUCCGCAGCGAGAACGUCACGCCUUGGCUCGGAUACAUCCCCUCGAACUCGGCUUACCUCAAUGCGAACCCGCCCGAGGACGAUGGGAUUGCGGCGGGGCAGCCGAAGAAGCGGUGGGCGGCGAUUCAGGAGGAGGGCUGGCUCGCCGUUGCCCGCGCUUUCCGUCAGGCGCACCGCAUCGCCAAGGCCUACGCUGCUAUUCAAGCUCGCCCGCUGCCCGAGAUCGAGCCCGGGAUCCACUUUACCGUCCCAGACGGCUCCUCGCGCUUCACCGCCACGUCGACCAAGGACCUCGUCGAGACGGGCGAGGAAGACGAGUACCUCACGUACGACUACAUCAACUACGGCCCGGAAAUCAUCCACCUCGGCGACUGGGUCCGGCUCGACCCGUCGACCAAGCUCGAGCCGAUCGUCACCGGCGCGAGGAAGAAGCAGCCGAGCAAAGCGUUGCCUUUGUCGCUCGUGAUGCGCGUAGGAGGGAUCUACCGCGGCAAGCGCGGCGCACCGCUCAUCGCCCGCGGGCUCAUCUUUGAGCAAAUCGAGACGACGUCGAUGAACCGGUCUAUCGUCGACCCGUCUAUGACAGUCCUCGAUCAAGCGACGCUCGAGUUCCUCCCCCCUCCCUUCCCGCGUCACAAGUGGCGCUUCGUCCAGCCCCCUCUCGACGUCGUCUCAGUCGAUGUCCUCUUCGGCCCGUCCGUCGCAGGCCGGUACUACCCCAUCCCUCCUGCGUCGCCGACUUGGACUCAUCACACGGUCGUCAACUCGUGGCUUGAUGAGGCGAUGAGCGGGAAUGGACCAGCGGGGAAGGGGACGGGCGCGGUCGGCGGGAAGGGCGAGGAGGGGAUUCGUGCGUUGAGCUUGAUGUUGGCGGGGUUGACGGCGGGCGACAGGACGGUGCGAGUUGACGCUGUCAACGGGAUCAACGGCGGUCGCGACGAGCAGUACAGGAUCGCAGAGGAGCAAGCCCUCGAUCGCUCCGCUUUCCCUCCCCCGCCCCAGCCACCUGUUCCCGCCGCUCAACCUGACGCACAACCCGCCGCACAACCUGAUGUCACUCCAGCCGCCAAAGUAGAAGACGCGGCAGCAGCUACGGCGUCGAUGGACGUCGAGGCGCAAGCGUGA